AUGGCACAGGAUAACUCACAUCCCACAAUACGAGUACUAGAGAAAUGUUGGGAGCAUGGAAAACAGGAAUCCAUUCUGCCUGAUCCCUGUUACAACUACACUGUGCUGGACGAUCGAUGGAGAGCUACCAAUAAUAUUCAUUCCAUUCAUGAAUAUCACAAGAGUGACACCAAUGUCACCUGGAGCGGCUGGGAUCGUCUCUUCAUUAACGGCCUGAAUGCUCAGAUCCCAGAUACGUGUAUUACAACAUAUGGCUGUGGCACUCAUAUUCCACUGUGGAUUCGUGGUGGACACCCAAGAGUUCAAGAUGGAGUCGUCACUCGAGAUGUCUGCGGUCACUGGGACAAUUACUGCUGCUAUUACGGGUCUUACCCCAUUAAAGUCAAAGCCUGUCCAGGCAAUUAUUAUGUCUAUGAGUUGGUUAGACCAACUGUGAAUUGGUCAGCCUACUGUGCAGAUGUCGGCAGCAUUAACAGCAGCUCUACAACCGUCACACCAGCGACCCUCUCCACUGGUAAUGUAACACACUGUAUGUCUCUAUUGAUGAAGUGAGUUAUUGUGUCAGUAGGUGAGGAUGUGAGAAAUGUAGUUAAAGAACUACAAAUGACUUCCUUUGCAAACAGCUCUGAUAUAUUUACACAGGUCUUUUUGAGGAGGAUAUCAAGUCACUUUGACACUUUGUUGAGUGCAUUAAUGCAGUAAUCUGGUCUUUGUAUCUCUAUUUUUGCAUCCUCACAAAUGCUUUCAUCAUACGUAACAGUGCAAACAUGAUGUAAAGAAGAGAUUCAUUGUGCAGUGUAGACAGCAUCAUGGCGAGAGUCAGUGAUAAACUCACGCUGUUUGAUUGACAGCUCCAGUGAUUAUAGAGGAAGUAUUCUUUAAUCGCUCUCUGUAUAUUCUGUAUCAACACUAACAGAAACAAUGUGUAGUUAACCAUUUAGUCACUGGAUUGAUUUA